UUCAAAUUUGAACGGCUGUCGGAGGCCGUCUGAUUGGGAGGUUAAGGUAGAGGAUCCUUGGUCGCCGAGAGGCGCCCUACGCCGACGCCGGGUCUCUCCCUGAGCCCCCACUCACUUCCUUUCUUUUUCUGAAUUUGAACCACCGCUUCCAUCGUCUCGAAGUCCACACGCGACGCCUUGGGCGAUGGACCCGUUUACCGAGAAACUGCUUGAACGGACUCGUGCCAGACGAGAAAAUCUUCAGAGAAAAAUGGCUGAACGGCCCAUGGCAGCACCAAGGUCUGUGGCAAAUGCUAAGCGAAUCAGAGAGCCACUUUCAGAAGCAAUUAACCAGCAGCCCCUACCUGCGGGUGAAGACAAAUCUUGUACAAAACCAUCACCAUCAAAAAAACGUUGUUCUGAUAAAACUGAAGUAGAAGUUUCCAACUUGGAAAACAAACAACCAUCGGAGUCAGCUACUGCAAAAUCUCCCAGACCUGUGUCUCCUCAUAUACAGUCCCCAGAAUUACUGCCAGCUAUGGGGCUGAACUCAAGACUGGAAGCAACCGCCACCUCCUCAGUAAAAACGCGCAUGCAAAAACUUGCAGAGCAACGGCGACAUUGGGAUAAUGGCACAGCAGAUGAUGCACCGGAAAGCUCAUAUUUUUCAUCAUUGCCAUCUAUGGAAAAAGCUGCUUCACCUCCAAAACCACCAUGUGCAGAUGCCUCAGCUACUCCAGUUGGGAGAAAGGGCCGUCUGGCCAAUCUUGCUGCAACUAUUUGCUCCUGGGAAGAUGAUGUCAGUUACUCAUCUGCAAAGCAAAAUAGUGUACAAGAACAGCCUGGUACCACUUGUUUAUCCAAAUUUUCCUCUGUAAGUGGAGCAUCUGCUAGGAUCAAUAGCAGCAGUGUUAAGCAGGAAGCUACAUGCUGUUCCCAAAGGGAUGGUGAUGCCUCUUUGAAUAAAGCCCCAUCUUCAAGUGCUGUGGAUGCUCCCUUGGCUAAUGUUUCAGUGUCCAGCUCUGUGAAAGCUACUGCUUCUCUAGUAACAUCUAUAUCCAUCAUCAAUACUAAAAAUUGUGAGGCACAAACUCCUGAGCUACUUCAAAAAACUGUUAGUCCUUUGAAAACAGAGGUAUUAACACAAAUUGUGAAGUCACCUGUAUCUCAGACAGUUCAAUCCAAAGAAGGAAACAGAGAAAUUUUUCUGCAGUCCCAAUCCAAAGACAACUCUACAACACCAGGAGGAGGAGGAAUUAAGCCUUUGCUGGAUCACUUUGGGGAGCAUUGUCAAGAACACAACAAAAAAAGUCCAGCACACAGAACACCCCACAGAACCCCUGUCAUCACUCCAAAUACAAAGGCCAUCCAAGAGAGAUUAUUGAAGCAGACCACAUGUUCAUCUGUAACCCAACAGCUCAAGCAGGAACGUGAAAAGGAGCUAGCAUGUCUUCGUGGCCGAUUGGACAAAGGCAAUUUAUGGAAUAUAGAAAAAGAUGAGAAAUCAAGAAGUAGACAGCAGGAAACCAAGCAGGAAGAUCACUGUCAGAACACUCCAGUAAAGAAGCAUCAAAUUGUUUCAAAUACCCAAGCACUUCCACCAACAGAAAAGGUGACAGAACACCGGACAACUAAAGAGACUUUCAGUACAGAGUCUGCAGAAGUGGUCCAUGAAAUUGAGAUGAGUGUGGAUGAUGAUGAUGAUAUCAAUAGCUCAAAAGUCAUUAAUGACAUCUUCAGUGAUGUCCUAGAGGAUGGUGCUCUGGAUGUGGAAAAGAGUUCAGAGGAGAUGGACCAAGUGGAAGCAGAAAACAGUGAAGAGCAAGAAGAUGCAUUGAAUAUUUCCUCCAUGUCUUUACUGGCUCCGUUAUCUCAGACUGUUGGUGUGAUGAGUCCAGAGAGUGUUGCUUCCUCAUGUAAGCUGGAACUGCAAGACACUGCUAGCAUAAGUGAUGAAAGUCCUAAACCAGGAAAAUUCCAGAGAACUCGUGUCCCUCGAGCUGAGUCUGGUGAUAGUAUUAGUUCUCAGGAUCGAGAUCUUCUGUACAGCAUUGACGCAUACAGGUCUCAGAGACUCAAAGAAUCAGAACGCCCUUCAGUAAAGCAAGUGAUUGUUCGGAAAGAAGAUGUUACUUCAAAAUUGGAUGCAAAAAAGAAUGCCUUUUCUUGUCAAGUAAAUAUAAAAAAGAAAAUGCAGGACCUCAAUAAUGAGAUAAAUUUACAGCAAACAGUGAUAUAUCAAGCUAGUCAGGCUCUGAACUGUUGUGUUGAUGAAGAACAUGGGAAAGGAUCCCUAGAAGAAGCUGAAGCAGAAAGACUUCUUCUAAUUGCAACUGAGAAGAGAACACUUUUGAUUGAGGAGUUGAACAAACUAAAGAAUGAAGGUCCUCAGAGGAAGAUGAACAUUGGUGCCAUAUCCCAGAAUGGAUUUGUUCCUUCUAAAGGAUCUGUGACCUUGUCAGAAAUGCGCUUGCCCCUGAAGGCAGAUUUUGUGUGUGGGAAUGCUCAGAAACCAGAUGCAUCAAAUUACUAUUACUUAAUUAUGCUCAAAGCCGGUGCUGAAAAUAUGGUAGCCACACCAUUAGCAAGUACUUCAAACUCUCUUAAUGGUGAUGCUCUGACAUUCACUACUUCUUUUACUCUGCAAGAUGUGUCCAGUGACUUUGAAAUAAAUAUUGAAGUUUACAGCUUGGUACAAAACAAAGAUUCCUUAGGCCCUGGUAAGAAAAAGCCAUCCAAGUCCAAGGCUAUUACACCAAAGAGACUCCUUACAUCUAUAACAUCAAAGAGCAGCCUUCACUCUUCAGUUAUGGCCAGUCCAGGAGGUCUCCAUGCUGUGCGGACCAGUAACUUUGCCCUUGUUGGAUCUUAUACACUGUCGCUGUCUUCAGUAGGAGACACUAAGUUUGCUCUGGACAAGAUAAAUUAUGAUGUAAGAGAGCAAGAGAUACUGAGCUAUUUGUUCCAGGAAAAGGUGCCUUUUUUAUCUCCUUUGGAAGGUCAUAUUUAUUUGAAAAUAAGCUGUCAAGUGAAUUCAAAUGUUGAAGAGAAAGGUUUUCUGACCAUAUUUGAAGAUGUUAGUGGUUUUGGUGCCUGGCAUCGAAGGUGGUGUGUUCUGUUUGGAAACUGUAUCUCUUACUGGACUUACCCAGAUGAUGAGAGGCGAAAGAAUCCCAUAGGAAGGAUAAAUCUUGCCAACUGUACAAGUCGUCAAAUAGAACCAGCCAACAGAGAAUUUUGUGCAAGACGCAACACUUUUGAAUUAAUUACUGUUCGGCCCCAAAGAGAAGAUGACCGAGAGACUCUUGUCAGCCAGUGCAGGGACACACUCUGUGUUACGAAGAACUGGCUCUCUGCAGACACUAAAGAAGAGCGUGAUCUCUGGAUGCAAAAACUUAAUCAGGUUCUCAUUGAUAUUCGCCUCUGGCAGCCUGAUGCUUGCUACAAACCUAUUGGAAAGCCUUAAACUGUGAAGUUUCCAUGCCACAGAAAAGCUUGUUGAGCUGUGUCAUAAACAUCUUAAGAAAACAGCAAGAGCAUCAGAUUUGCUGAUUGCAUUUUAUGCUUUAAAGAUGAAAGGGGUUGUGCAAAUAUUCACUACAUCGUGUGCAGUAUUUAUAUCUCCUGUAUGUAGAGCUUCCGCUGGCUUCUCUUCUGUCAUUCAUAAAUGAUUGGGAGUCACUUUAUGAGAGUUUGUUUUUCUUAAGAGAUUCUGAGCUAUCUUCUUGGAGCUGUGGGUGUUGAAGUAGCAAAAUCAUCCAGGGGUUGCAAGAUAUACUCCAUUUUGAUGAUUCCUUCUCUGGUAUCAGUUGUCUUUUCAAAGGGUUGUUUAUCAUGAUGUGAUUUGUUACUAGAGUAUUGAGAUGAAAACAUUUAUAAGGAACAUUGCAGAAACAUUUUUUUGUAAUAGAAAUGAGAGCUUUUUCAAACAACAAAAUUAUAUUAGUUUAAAGCUUGAGGCUGCCUACUCAAGAAAUGUAAAGAUAGUGAACAUUGUAUUAAAUUCCAGCUUAACCUGGAGUUGAAAUGUUUCAUAUAGAAGAGCUAGGGCUCACAGCUUAUGUGAACUCAACUACUAUAUAUGCAGUGUGUUGCACAUUUUCAUAGUAUUCAACCUUGUUUAAAUAAUUAUUUUUGCCACAAAGCUUAUGGACUCCGCAAGUAUUAGCAUAUUAACUACUUCUGCUCCUGUUAUGAAGAACAAAUGUAAAUCAAUGGACCUUUAUAUAAAAAGAAGUAAAAUUUUACCACGCUGUUAUGGACUAAUAUUUUGCUUGCUAAAAUUCUCAUCUUUGUUGUUUUCCUUUCACAACCGUGUAUGAUAGUACUUAGAAACUUAUUCUGAUACCAUUUAAAAAGCCAGGAAGCCGUGUAUUAUCUUUAAAAGCUUAAUAGUUUUUUUUUUUUCUUUUUCACUUUAAAAUGUAAAGAAUGGUCUUACAUAGGCUUUGGAUUUUUUUUCUGAAUUGUUAAAGUUACUGAUGGUUUCAUUUAUAAACACUAAAUGCUGUUACCUGUCAUAUCCCUUAUUCAUUCAAAUGUCUUUGUAUAUAUUAUAAAAGUAUAUUUUAU